AUGCGCAACAAAAGGGGUCAGGAUCCCAAUCUCUUAUGUGAAUUCCACAAAGACACGGGUCACCUCACCGAUGAUUGUUUCAGUCUAAAGCAAGAAAUUGAAAGGGCCCUGAGAGAUGGAAAGCUCACUCACUUGGUAAAAGGCGGAAAGCGCGACUACUGCCAAAUUCAAAGACGAGAAGAAGGGCCAGAUAACAAAAAACUCAGAAAGUUAGAAACCCACAUGGUUCAGGGAGGUCCACGAAGGCCAAGGAAAAACUACAACAAGCGCACACAAGACGAUUCAUGGCGCGAGAGGCAAGUUAUUUUUCCAGUUGUUAGAGGGGGCCCGAGGGAAAAACGACCAAUAGUCAUUCCAGGUGUGAUUGGUCACUACCAGACAGACUACAUUUUCAUCGAUCCAGGGAGCACCGCGGAUAUCAUAUACGAACAAUGCUUCAAUCAAUUUGACCAGGAGGACAAGGCGCGCUUGGAACCAGUUGAUUACCCGCUAACUGGUUUAUGCAACGAAGCCAUCUUUCCCCUGGGACAGAUAUCAUUCCCGGUGUUACUCUCAGAUGGAAGAAAUUCAAGAACAGAAGAGGUCACAUUCAUGGUGUUACCAGCACACUCAAGACAUGACAUCCUCCUAGGAAGAGAUUCCCAAGGAGACUUCAGUAUGAUAUGCUCUGCACCACAUUCAGCCGUUGGAUUCCCAACGGAAACAGGCAUAACAUUAAUAUACGCAAGCAAAGAAGUCUUAGCAACAGAUGAGGUCAGGCCUACAAAAGCAAGUAAACCAGCGCCACGCACAGAGUCAGAAAAAUGGGUAUUGAACAGCGCAUACCCAGAGCAAACAGUUACCCUAGGACCUGCGAUGUCCGAUUUAACGCGCGCGGCACUCAAGAAGUUGUUACAUGAGAACAUGGACGUGUUUGCCUGGACACCAGCUGACAUGGUUGGUGUUCCAAGGCACAUAGCAGAACACCGUUUAAACGUCUCAGACUAA